UCUCUUUAAUCUCUUCCAUCGAUGGUAUCGAUGGCAGCCGCAGCUCUCUACUCUUCUUCUUCAAAGACAUUUUUCUUCCAUCAAAAAUCACAAAUUUUACACUCAAUAGUCUCCUUCUUCAUAGAUUUUCUCUUCCAUUUACAUUAUCAUCUCUUACUACCUUCACAAGACUUCUUUACUCCCAUUCAUAGAUUUACGGCCAAAGAUCGAGAUCGAGAAAGAAAUCUAAGAAACAUCAGACCAUAUAUCACCAAUAUUAUCAAAUUAUACUUCAAAGUUACGAAAAACAUAUCACCGGACCCUAACACCAGAUCACAAACUUCCCUACUAUCUGGCGGACUCGCCGACUAAGUGUAGAAGCAAUGGAGCGUGGGGAGCGUGGAGAGCUCAGGGGUAUCUUUGGGGUUGACGGGUCGUGGUUUCAAGAGAGAGCGAGGCAUUAAGAGUAAAUAGAAAUAUUCGUAUUCAUAUGUCCUCAACUUAUGAUCCAAUGAGUUUGAAGGAAUGUGCUAGACUGCUACAAUAUCAAUAAUUCCAUAA